GAAAAUUGCACAAAAAUGUUGCUAAAAUGAAAACUGAUGUGGCAUGGAAAUAUUGUGUUUCUGUUGAUGGGGAUGCAAGAAAAGUUAGUGCAAUUUUGUGAAAAGACAUUUAUAGAAGGGAUUUAUCGUUUGAAACAUCAUUUAGCAAGAACAUCCAAAGAUGUUGGAGCAUGUAGAUCGGUUCCUAAAGAUGUUAAGAAAGAUAUGUUAGGUAUUGUUUCAUCAUUGCAACAAAACCUCCUAAAAUAAUCUGGUGAUAUUGAAGGAAUAGGUAGUAGUUUUGCUGCUCAAUUAGAAGGUAGUGAUAUUGGUAGUCAAAAUCUUUUCAAGAAAAAAGUUAGCUCUUAAAUGACAAUCAACAAGAUCUUUAAGAAGGAUUUGAGGGAGGAAGCAUGUCAGGACAUUGCUCUAUUUUUUUAUUUGAAUGUUAUCCCUUUUAAUGCAACCAAUAAUGAAGCAUAUAAGAAAGUGUUUGAUUGCUUGACACGGUCUAGGAUUUGACCCACCAUCCUACCAUGAGAUUAGGGUGAAAUACUUAAAGUAUCAUGUUGAAAUGAACAAUCUUUCUUUAGAUGAUCAUAAAACUUAUUGGAAGAAAUUUGGAUGCACAAUAAUGACAGAUGGAUGGACAGAUAAGAAGAGGAAGACUAUAUUAAAUUUUUUAGUAAAUAGUCCACUUGGAACAAUUUUUUUGAAGUCUAUUGAUGCAUCCAAGAUAUCCAAAAUAGAUGACAAAAUUUUCAAGAUGUUAGCUGAUGUAGUUGAAGAGGUUGGGGAAGAAAAUGUUGUUCAUAUUGUCACAGAUAAUGCAGCAAAUUAUAAGGCAGUUGGGGAAAUGUUGAUGAAGAAAAGGACUAAGUUGUAUUGGACACCUUGUGCAGCUCAUUGCAUUGACUUAAUACUUGAAGAUUUUGAGAAAAAGAUACCACUUCAUAGUGAAACAAUUGCAAGUGGUAGAAAGAUCACAUCAUACAUCUAUGGUAGAACAAGUCUUAUUGUUUUAUUGCAUAAAUUUACUAAGGGGAGUGACUUGAUUAGACCUGGCUUGACUCGUUUUGCUACUUCCUACUUAACCUUGGGAUGCUUGAAUGAGAAUAAGGGUCCAUUAACUAGAAUGUUCACAUCUAAAGAAUGGACUUCUAGUCAAUUAGCAAAGACAAAGGAUAGAAAGUUUAUGGAGAAUUUGGUUACAAAUAAGGGAUUUUGGAAAAAUGUUUUGAAUUGUAUGAGAGGUGUUUUUCCCUUAGUUAAAGUGUUGCACUUAGUGGAUUCAGAUGAAAAGCCAGCCAUGGGGUUCAUUUAUGAAGAAAUGGACCGAGCUAAAUAAAAGAUACAAGAUGCUUUUAGAGGAGAUGAGAGUAGGUAAUUAUCUUCUAUUCUAUGUGCUUCAUUUUAUAAAUUAUAGACUUAAGAGUUUGGUUGAAAACUACUUCUUUUUUUUUUCAAUUGUAGCUACAUUCCCUUAUGGGAAAUUAUUGAUCAAAGAUGGGACAAAC